AUGUCUCCUCCCCGUCAAGUCUUCAUUGCCGUCAUUGGCGCCGGCGGCGUAGGCAAGGCGUUCCUCCACCAGCUCUCGGGCCUCGCCUCGCGCCUCUCGCAAUCCCCCUCGUCGCCCUACCGCCUCUCGCUCAUCUGGCUGUCGACGUCCAACAAGGCCGUCUACCACGCCGACUACAAGUCCCUCUCCGACUGGGAGGCCGAGCUCGAGACCAACGCCAAGCCCUCCCUGGCCCUCCCCCAGCUGCAGGACUACCUCGUCAAGGCGCCCGGCAAGGUCGUCCUCGUCGACAACACAUCCAACCAGGACGUCGCCAACGCCUACCCGACCUUCCUCAACAGGGGCAUCAGCAUCGUCACCCCGAACAAGAAGGCCUUCUCCGGCAACCUGCAGCUCUUCAACGACAUCUUCGCCGCCGCCGCCAACGGCUCCAACAGCUCCGGCGCCGGUGGCCAUGUCUUCCACGAGUCGUCCGUCGGCGCUGGUCUGCCCGUCAUCUCCACCCUGAAGGACCUGCUCGAGACGGGCGAUGAGGUCACCAAGAUCGAGGGCGUCUUCUCCGGCACCAUGUCGUUCCUCUUCAACAGCUUCCAGCCCACCUCGGGCGGCGGCGGCAGAUUCUCCGCAGAAGUCACAAACGCAAAGAACAAGGGCUACACCGAGCCCGACGCCCGCGACGACCUCAACGGCCUCGACGUCGCCCGCAAGCUGACCAUCCUCGCCCGUCUGGCCGGCCUGCCCGUCGAGUCGCCCACCUCGUUCCCCGUGCAGUCGCUCAUCCCCGCCGAGCUGGAGUCCUGCCAGUCCGGCGACGACUUCCUCGAGAAGCUGCCCCAGUACGACGCCCAGAUGGACGCGCUGAAGCAGGAAGCCGCCAGCGAGGGCAAGGUCGUGCGCUUUGUCGGCUCCGUCGACGUGCCCGCCAACGCCGUCAAGGUCGGGCUGGAGAAGUUUGACGCCACCCACCCCAUUGCCGCGCUCAAGGGCAGCGACAACAUCAUCGCCUUCUACACCAAGCGCUACGGCGACAACCCGCUCAUCAUCCAGGGCGCCGGCGCCGGCGCCGACGUCACCGCCAUGGGCGUCACAGCCGAUCUGGUCAAGGUGUUGCGGCUGCUGCACUAG